GGGCAGAGGUGAGGGGGCGGUCGCGUUCCGCGCGCCGGAUGCCGCGGCCGGGGCCUCGCCGAGGAGGAGUCCCGUGAAGCGGCGGCGGUGCCGCUGGUCGCUGUGGCGGACGGGAGGCGGCCGGAGCCAUGUUGGGCAGCGGAGCCAAGGCGGCCAAGCCGUCCUUCGUGUCCUACAUCAGCCCGGAGGAAAUACAUAUAAAGGAACCAGUUGAAAAGGAAGUGAAUCCUCAUUUACUACCAGGUGAACAGCUGCUUUGUGAGGCAAGCACAGUAUAUAAGUACAUACAAGAAGAUGGAUCAAAUCGUGGCACUUAUGGAAAACUUGUAUGCACAAACUUCAAGAUUGCUUUCCUCGAUGAUGAUUCUACUUCAGAUGAUAACCUUAUUAAAUCCUGGGUUUAUAGCAAGCUGAAUCAGCAAGUAUUUCUCAGUGAGCCACAAUUUAAGAAUAAGAUCAUUGGAGAAAAUGACAUAACCCUGCAAUGUGUAGAUCAAAUCUAUGGAGGUAGGUCAGCUCUUGAUUUAAUGUGUGUCACACUUCUAAAUGCCUUCUAAUUCUUGUUCUGUACAUAUCCUUUUCAGAAAAUGAAUAGAGUUCCUGCUUUCAGGACUAGGUUGGGUAAUCUGGGUCAUUUUAAUGAUGAAAUGACAGAUAGAAAAUCUGCAAGAUCCAGUUUCAUCUCUCAUGCUUAUCUGCCCUAAACAAAAUGUAGAUUGAUCAAUUUCUUCAAAAUACAUUUAUUCGUAGUGAAAAAUGUACUGUACAAAGUCUCUGAUUAAGAUUGUACAAAUAUCUUAUUCUAAUACGUGUCAACUAUUUCCCAUAAAUAUGAAGUUAGAAAUUGCAUUUAAGCAAUUGCAUUGUAGAGUAGUACAAGUGAGUAAUUCCUCAAUGCCUUUUGUUUGUAUCUAAGGGAACUUUAUUGAGACUCUUGAUUUCUUCAAAAUGUCAAAAGUGGUAGAAAAUGAGCUUUUACUUUACAAGCCAAAGUGGUAUUUUGCAGCACCUAUGUUGCUUAAAAAAAAAAAAAAAAGUAGGCAUGAGAUUAGUAAUUUGUAAGCAGUAAGGAAGACUCUGUUGAGCAGCCUGGUUUUAGAUUAGUGUUCAGAGUAUUUAUGAACAAUGGUGUGGAUCGGUGAAGGAGUAGAUGAGGGAGAAUAUUGGUGCAUUGUUAUGAGGUAGUUUGGUUUUGUUUGCAGUGGCCUUGCUGAUAGUACUUGAAUCAUAAAAUCACUAAAGUUGGAAAAUAACCCCAGGAUCACCCAGUCCACUCAUCUACCCAUCCAAUAGUUCUCACUAAAUGAUGUCCCUCAACAUAGCGUCCAAACGUUCCUUGAACACCUCCAGGGUCGAUGCUCCACCACCUCCCUGGGCAGCCCAUUCCA